AUGGUGCCAUUAAUGUGGUGAACUAAUAUUAAUAUGAAAGCUAUAUUGGUUUCAUUGAUCCUAGUCUCUGUCUUGGCAACAGUUGACAUUCCUUUAAAGCCAAUCCACGAGACUGCAGAUGAGCAAUUUGCUUACUUCCACUUCGUCAAGCUCCGAAGACUUCUCAGAGGCAACAGUGUUCCACUCACCAACUACGUGGAUGCCCAAUACUACGGCCCAAUUUCAAUUGGAACUCCUCCUCAGUCUUUCCAAGUCGUUUUUGACUCAGGAUCUUCAAACUUAUGGGUCCCAUCCGUGAAAUGCACAUCAAUUGCUUGCAAAAUCCACAAUACCUAUAACUCAGCAGCUUCAUCAACUUAUGUUAAAAACGGCACAGCAAUUUCAAUUCAAUACGGGAAAGGCGCUGUUUCUGGCUUCAUCUCACAAGACACUGUUACUUGGGGAGGCUAUCAGGUCAAGAAUGUUUUGUUCGGAGAAAUGACAAGCCUUCCUGGGACAACCUGGAUUUCCAGCAAAUCUGAUGGAAUUUUGGGAAUGGCAUGGGUUGGUAUUUCUGAGGACUCUACCCCACCUGUUUUUACCUUAUUAUAUGGGCAAGGACUUGUAAGCAGCAAUAGCUUUGCAUUUUAUUUGACUAAGACUGCAGGACAAACUGGAAGCACCCUGACACUUGGAGGAUUUAAUGCGAACUUAUCGAAAGGGGAUUGGAACUACGUUCCCCUUUAUCAACAGCUUUGGUGGCUCAUUAACAUGGACGGUAUCAACGUUGCUGGAACUGCUAUUACAGGCACUAACAUGCGUGCAAUUGUAGAUACAGGCACCACCCUUAUUGUUGGAGACAGCAAAUUGGUCAACCAAAUUAUCGCUAAAAUCCCAACAGUUGCUGAAGAUUGCUCCAAUCUCUCCAAGCUUCCAAUAGUCAACUUUAUCCUUGGAGGAGUCACUUAUGCAUUACCACCUACAGCUUACGUUUGGCAAGUUCCUAAUGGCUCUGCUAAUGAAUGUCUCCUUGGAUUUGAAGCAGCAGACCUUGGUGAAGAGCUUAAGAACACCAUUAUUCUUGGAGAUCUCUUUAUCAGCACUUAUUAUACUCUUUUCGAUAUGGGCAAUAAGAGAGUUGGAUUUUCAACAGCAGUCUAA